ACACCAAAUCAACAAGCAAGGGUAAUAUCGUCAUUUCAGGUCAAAGGCUAAGGUUUUAGCUGAGGUUUUUGUGUUCCUUUACGAAGCAACAAGCAGAAAAGAUGAUUACCACUUCAAUGGCGAUGCUCUCACACGUUUGCUCCUUACCUAUCGCACGUGCCAUUCACCGUCCUCUGUCUCUCACCGCUAUAUCCUCCCGUAGCCUCUCUACUGCCACCAGCGCCACUGCCGCCGCAUCUCCUCCACGUGGCUCUCAAGUAGACCCUCACGUCCUUCUUGGCAUGUCCGAACCGGAACUUCAACAGCUCGCCGCCGAUUUCGGCCAGCAAAGCUACAGAGGGAAGCAACUUCAUCAUCUAAUUUACCAGAGAAAAGUUAAAGAAAUUCAAGAUUUUAGUCAACUGCCUCAGGCAUUCAGAAACGAACUUCAAGAAGCAGGAUGGAGAGUUGGAAGGUCACCAAUUUACCGUACUGUUACUGCUGCUGAUGGCACUGUUAAGUUACUGAUAAAGUUGGAGGACAAUAGAUUGAUCGAAACUGUUGGUAUACCAAUACAAGAUGAGAAAGGUCCAGUGCGGCUUACUGCAUGUAUUUCAUCUCAGGUUGGUUGUCCAUUGCGCUGCUCAUUUUGUGCCACUGGUAAAGGAGGAUAUUCAAGAAAUCUUAAAAGGCAUGAAAUUGUUGAGCAGGUCCUGGCUAUUGAGGAGAUCUUCAAAAAUAGAGUGACAAAUGUAGUCUUCAUGGGAAUGGGUGAACCGAUGUUGAACUUGAAGUCAGUACUUGAAGCACACCGAUGCUUGAAUAAGGAUGUGCAAAUUGGACAAAGAAUGAUUACAAUUUCUACUGUGGGGGUCCCAAACACAAUUAAAAAGCUGGCUUCUCACAAGCUUCAGUCAACACUGGCUCUGAGCUUACAUGCUCCAAAUCAGAAACUUAGAGAAACAAUUGUGCCAAGUGCAAAGUCUUACCCUCUGGAUGCAAUUAUGAAAGAUUGCAGGGACUACUUCCUUGAAACAAGUCGACGAGUGUCCUUCGAGUAUGCACUUUUAGCUGGGGUCAAUGAUAGAGCAGAGCAUGCAAAAGAACUUGCUGAAUUACUCCAUGAGUGGGGACGUGGUUCUCAUGUGAAUCUGAUACCUUUCAAUCCAAUUGAAGGCUCUGAUUAUCAACGACCAUCCAAAAAGGCGGUGCAAGCAUUUGCAGCUGCUUUGGAAUCUCGUAAAAUCACUGUAAGUGUACGUCAAACAAGAGGCAUGGACGCUAGUGCAGCUUGUGGUCAGCUAAGAAAUGAAUUCCAGAAAAGUCCUUUACUUGCUGAUUCUGACAGCUUACAAUCAGAACCAGAAAUUGCAGUUGCGUGCUGAUGCCUCGGUCACACUAGUCGUCUUCUUGCAUACUAGAUUCUGGCAUUUACACACUCUUUAAUUCUCUCCCAUCCUGGAGAAGUAUACUGUUUGAUGACCAGGACCAGGCUAAUUCGGUCUUCAGCAAAACUAGUUAUGGCAUCUGCUGUCUAAGCAGCCAAGAGUCGACUUCUUUUGAACAUGAUGCAGAAAUUAAAAAGGUGAAAUAGAUGGGUAUUUUCUGCUGAUUCGCCAACGUGCUGGAAUAUAAAUAGCCUUCCUACGUGACUGAAGAAUGGAGGACACGCUAUCUCAUACACUACUACGUAGUUUUGUGGCAAAAGAGAAAGGAGAAACCGUAAGAGUGGUACCUGUGAUUUGAAGACAAAUUUGCUUCCCCCAGGCCGAGACUGCUGCGGAUUAUUCUAGCGCACACCAUUUUUUAAUUAGAUAAGACAUGGAUGAUGUAUUUUCGACGACAUUUCACUCCAGAAAGUAAAACCUUGCUGUUAUUGUAAAAUAUAGCUCCACUUGAAAUCAGAAAAGCAAAUUGAAAUUCA